AUGACGUUGUUUGACGAAGAAAGUGAUUUUCUCAUCUCAUAUUAUAUGGAUCUUUUUUAUAAACUUUCGGAUCGGUUUGUAAUUAUUAGUGAAUUGAUGCCACAAUAUCAACCAAAACAAAUAUCUAAUCGUUGGAGAGACUAUCUCGAUCCAAAAUUAUGUAAAAAAAGCUUGACGAAUGAAGAAAAAAUAUUUAUUAUUGAGCAGACUCCAAAUUACCGAAAAUUGGAUUGGAUUUGUUGGAAAGGUUUAAGUUCUUGCUUGGAAAAUAAGUCUGGUAGGCGUCAUUCCUAUAACAAGAUCAAAAAUUAUUGGAAUGCAAAUCAAAGGCGUCAGCAAAAGAAUCUUAAGAAGCGAACUGUUCACUUUCUUUUAAAUGAAGAGAAUAGAGAAAAACAACAUAUUAAAAAAAAAAAAGUUACCUAUAAGAAUGGUGGAAUCCCUAUUGCCUCUCUUUUAAAUUAA